AUGCCGAUGGCCGCGCCGCAGACUCGCCGCCACCAGGCCGCCUUCCUCCGCAGCAAGCCCCCCGCCCCCGUCCCCGCCAACGGGAAGGCCGGCGCGACCAAUGGGAAACCCGCCGCCGCCUCCUCCAAGCCCAACUCGCCCGCCUCGCCCGCCCAGGCACCACCAACGUCGUCUCUGUUGGAGAGGACGGUGAAGCAGCUCAGGCUGGCCAAGGCGAUGACGCUCCCGGAGGCCACCGCGGUGUCCGAGGCGUGCCGAAGGAUGGCCGCCAGGCGCGCCGACGCCGCGCUGCUCACCGACUCCAAAGGGGUGCUCUCCGGCAUCGUCACGGCCGAGGUCAGAAACUCAUCACAAGGGAAUAUCAACUUUAAACUGCAGGGGAAUGAUAAUGCGAUUCUUGGGGCUGGCGCUGGAUGA